UGGCCCAACCUUCACCUCAGCAGAUCCAGAACUCUCCUUCAUUCUGACUUGACGGUGACCCCCACCCCACCCAACCACCCUCCCAGUCCUCGGAGCUCACACCCUAUAAAAGCUGGCAGAGCUGCCAAAGUAGAAAGAGAAUCUCAGAGGUGCCCUCUCUGUGCUCAUUCCCCAGCAUGAAGGUUUCCACGGUGCUUUUAUGCCUGCUGCUCACAGCUGCUGCUUUCAGCACCCAGGUGCUCACUCAGCCAGAUGCAGUCAAUAUCCUAUCCACGUGCUGUUUCAUCUUUACCAAUAAGAAGAUCCCCUUGAAAAGGCUGGAGAGCUACCGAAUCACCAGCAGCCAGUGUCACCAGGAAGCUGUCAUUUUCAGGACUAAACUGGCCAAGGAGAUCUGUGCUGAUCCCAAACAGAAGUGGGUCCAGAAUUACAUGAAACACCUGAGCCAAAAACCGCACACCCUGAAGAUGUGAAGUCUUUCAGCUGCUUGCAUCAAGCCAACCUGGGAUACACACACACACACACACACACACACACACACACAUAAAAAAAGACUGUUCUCUGUUGUGCUUCCCUUCUAUAGCUGGAACUAAUUCUACCAUAAUUUCCAAAAAAGGAUAUUUUCUGUUUUGUUAUGGCAAACACACAAUGUCUUAAGUAAUAUUUAAUAUUAUUUGAAUUGCUGCUGGUUUGAAAUGUCUGAGUAUUGGUGAUUUUUCUCAAGUUAUAGGUUUGGGCCAUUUGGAUUCUAUAAUUCCCAACUCCUUCUCUUGUGAGUGGGGAGCAGUGGUCUCUUUCCUGCACUCUUCCUCAAGGGUUGUGAGCAUGCCUACAAGAAUCCUUGAGAUGAAAGGCUUGUACAGUGCAGGGGUAAGAGAACCUUGUGAAUACAAACUUGCUAAAUGCAUUAUUAUGGGGAAAAUGAAUGUAACUUGUCAGAUUACUGACUUUCUGCUAAAAAUACACUUUUUUUUUGGUUUAAA